UUUAGCGGCACCAGCGCUAUGUCGUUUAACCAAUCGGAUACUACAAGAUCCUGAUGUGGGGCCAUGGGCCAAGUUCCAGGCGACCGUCGAGUGUCGCAUUAUGCGUCUACUCGGCUGCUUUCGUUAUACAUUCAAUACCAAAUACGAAUUCAGUGUUAAUGAGCUGGAGCAGAUUUUACACACAUGUGCUGGCCUGCUACUGAAAGAGCCAAUGUUACUGGAGCUAAGCUUUCCACCGGAUGGCAUUUAUGUGGUUGGCGAUUUGAAUGCUGACCUGUUCCAACUGUGCGCUAUUUUUGAAGAAUUCGGCUUACCACCUGACACUUUUUACCUUUUUCUUGGUGACUAUAUGGACGGCAUUAACGAAUUCUGUCAGAUUGAACUCUUAUUGCUCCUCGUUCAAAACGAGCGAUUAUUUUUUGCAUUCAAUAUGCUAUUCGAUGUAAUGCCCAUUGCUGCUAUCGUUGGAGAUCGCUACCUGUGUUGUCAUAGCGGUGUAUCACAAUAUAUGAUAAGUCGGGAGAUUAUCAAUACAAUCAAGCGGCCGACCUAUCGCACGAGGAUGUCCCUACUUAACGCUGUGCUCUUGACUGAUAUUCUGCACGGUUGUCCCGAUGCAUCACUCGGUUAUGACCGGCCAUUCGCGGCAUCAUCACACAAGCCAAUGGGCUAUAGAUUCAACCGCUCAGGUCUUCGAUUGGCGCUCAAAGCACUGGGCGGCCUACACUGUUUGAUAAGAUCGCAUACCCAAGCUGCUGGUGGGUUGAAAGACGAUUUCGGCGAUGGCUCUUGCUUCACGUUUAACACCUGUGGUGGAAAUAUUACUAACGAUAACAGGUUACGCUUGGAAGAACAGAAAGAUCCGCGCGAGCCACAUUUUUUUCAGAAUAAAUAUUGUAUAUUGCUGCGAAGGGAUCAUAAGCCACAAGCGAUUAAACUUUCGUCUGAAAGGCCACUGGUUGGAUCCGGGCGCAGUUCAUUCCAAAAUCUGAUGAUGGAAAAAUUCCAAAGUCCAUUUGAUUACGAGGAUCGCUUCCCAGAUAUACAGGAAUGUCGUUUUUGUAAUGCAAAAAUUCCAUGGAACGCAUUCAAAAGGCAGCGAUGUGUUGGACAUCAGGAGCUUUACCAAUGGAUACGCAAAAAUUUUGGGAACUCUGUAAUCGAAAGGAAAUGGCAACGAGAUGAGCCAUUACGUUGGUAUCGCGGUGCCACUCUAUUUCCAGCUCUGCAUGAUCGAAAAUUGCGUGAACAGUACUUACAAGAAACGUUCUCUUCGAGAUUAUUUAUGGGACGUAGACAGAGUGCAGAACGCGCUACAGUUCAUGGAGAUGAAGAAGACGAGCAGGAAGUAGAGGAAGAAGACGAGGAAGACGAACGAGAGCGGGUGACCACUCCUAUACGCUAA